AUGUCGAACUUGAUUAUACAACUUCUUGCUUCCGAAAAAUUCAAUGGAGAAGGUUACUCUUACUGGAAAUCGAAUAUAAACACAAUUCUAGUGGUUGACGACCUGAGGUUUGUUUUAAUGGAGGAAUGUUCUCCUCUUCCCUGUUCAAAUACUAACCCAAAUGUUCAAGAAGUUUAUAAUAGAUGGGCUAAUGAGAAGGAGAGAGCCUACAUCUUGACGUGCAUAUCUGAUGUGCUCAAUAAGAAACAUGAAGCCAUGCCCACUGCUCGUGACAUCAUGACAUCGUUACAAGAGAUACCAUCAUCUUCAAUACGACAUGAGGCUAUAAAAUAUGUUUAUAAUUCAUACAUGAAAGAUGAGACCAAUGUUAGGGAGCAUGUCCUAGACAUGAUGCUCCGUUUUAAUAUUGAAAAAGCUCACGUAUGA